AUGGUUUUAGUUCGACCACCUGUGGAUGAGUCUGAGCGGAAGAGGGAACAGAGGAAUAGAAAACAACAAGAAUACCGAGCAAGGAUAAAGGCUAAUGAAACUGACGAGCAGAGAGAAGAGAGGAAUAAAAAUUGUCGGGAACAACGAGUAUUGAAGAGGACAAAGUCAUCGACCUCGCAUACUAUAGGGCCUGAUCAUGGUCAACAAGCACCAUAUGGAGUGUGUUCAGGUAUUCUCCAAGCAUCAGAUGCUGAGGACAAGGAAAAUGUGUGCCUGGAAAACAACACGGAUUGGCUACAUAAAAAUUAUAAUUAUGUCCGUACAAGACAACCGACCUCUGAUACUUCUUGUGUGCCCAACAGCCUGACAAGCCACAAUCUGUUCAAUGCAACGGCAACUGCAGAGGACCAUCUGGAGGCACCUCGUGCUUUGGAUAUUGAUGAUCUUCUUGAUGACGAAGAGACCAGGCAGUACGUUGGUGAAGAUGGUGCCUUCGAGUCCUAUCAUGUUAGUGUCAAUGGUGUUGAUCUGAAUAACAAUGAAGAUCCUUACAAUUAUGUCUACCAAAAUUUGCCUGAUAGGCACCAUGUUCUGAGAAAGGUGCCUAACUGCUUGUACUUUGGAGCAAUGAGAUUUCAAUAUGAACCACCUAGAUUCUAUUGCAUGAAAGGAAAGAUAAAAGUACAUGUUCCACAAGUGCCUGAUGAGUUAAAAAGGUUACCCACAAGUCAGGCAGAUAAUGAUGCAAAAUAUUUCAGGCAAAACAUCCGGUACUUCAACUCUCAUUUCUCUUUCACGAGCCUUGGAGUAAUCGUGGAUCGAGAAGUUGCCACCACGGCAGGGACAGGUAUAUAUACAUUUUGUGUGCAUGGGGUCUUGUACCAUCGCCUGGACCAUUUGGUUCCAGGUUCUAAAGGGCCUCGCCACUUGCAACUCUACUUUUAUGAUACGGAGGAUGACAGUUUGGCACAUAGAAAAAAGAGAUUGUCUGACCUAGAUAUCAAUAUUGUCAGAACUAUGCUGCGAAUCAUGGAAGGCAACCCAUAUGUAGAGACCUUUAACAGAGUUGGAGCUAUUCCAAAUCUUGAUGACUAUGUAAUUGAGCUCAAUACUAAUGUCACACUAGACCAGCGAAGGGUUUAG